CUUGUCAAUUAUACGUACAAGUAAAGUAAAAAAUAAGAAUGCAACUUCUUUUUUGUUUCAAUUAGAUAAGUUAUUGUUAUUUUUCAAGCAUAAUGUCAUUUAAUUAUUUGGGAACAAAUAUUCAUUCUAUGGUUCCUUUAGUGGGCAACAUGUCCAGUGGAGCUAAUUUCUUGCCAACACAUGCACCAAAUACGAAUUCUUAUCCUUCCCAUAAUAUACCUUCGACCGUACCACAAAUUCCAUUACACUUGCAAGCAGCUGCUUUAAAUGAUAAUCCCUUAGAGUUCAAUAAUAUCAAAACAACAGAAUCAAAGCAAAUUAAUUCUGCUACAAAUAUAGAGUCAACAAACACUUUGGCAAAUUCUAGUGCAUUAUUUCAAAUUGGUAAAAGUGACACUUCACAAAGUAACAAACCGGUCGAUUUAGAUAAAACAAAUGUCAGUAAUUCAAUUCAUAAUCAAGGCGCUGGACCAAUGGAUAUCGAAACUGAAAAUGAACGUUUGAGCAAUGCUACAAGUACUAUAGCAGCAGAAAUAAAUAAACGGUUGGCAAAGCGGGAAAACAAAGCAAAUAUAAAUGUUGAAGAUGAAUGUGGUAUAGUCUCAACACUAGACGGGAUAAAAGCUAGCAAUGUUCUAACAAAUGGUGGGGUUAUAACACCAAAAUUAUUAAUGGGAAAUGAAAUAUUUUUAAAUAGUAUGGUUGGAGUUCCUGGUCCUCCUCAAGCUCCUACAGGUUUUAUGAUGAUGUCUGGUAUGAUGAUGGAUCCUGGUGCAAUGGCAGCUGGUUUUCAAAUGCAAUCCUUUUCUCAACAUCAAUUAUUACCAGCUCAAUUGACUCAAUUUGUUGCCAAUCAACAACCUUUAGGAUCUAAUUCAUCGCAACUAGGUGCAAUAGCACCACAAAAAAUCAAUGAACAGCAACAGAAUCAUCCUGUAAAAGAAGUAAUUACCUGUAAUUCUUGUGUUUUGUAUCCACCAAACCCAAAUGCACCACCUCCAACAAUUAGAGAACGACCGCCAGGUUGCAGAACAGUUUUUGUUGGAGGACUUCCUGAUAGAAUCACUGAAGAUAUAAUUCGUGAAAUAUUCGAGACUUGUGGUGAAAUAACUACCUUACGACUAUCCAAAAAAAAUUUUUGUCAUAUUCGAUUUGUAUUUGAAUCAUCAGUUGAUUCUGCAAUUUAUUUAUCAGGCUAUCGUAUACGAAUCAAUAAUAGUACUGAAUCAAGCCAUUGCGGUCGAAUGCAUGUCGAUUAUGCUCAAGCAAGAGAUGAUCAAUAUGAAUGGGAAUGUAAACAACGCCAACUGCAACGAGAACAAAGGCAUAGAGAACGUAUGGAGAGAGAUCGACUACGUUCUCUUUCUCCACCACCUAUAGUUCAUUAUUCUGAUCAUGAAGCUAGCAAUAUUACAGAAAAAUUAAAAACUGAUGAUACGUUUAUUAAAGCCGUGCAAACUUUAGUUGCUUGGUUAGAACGAGGAGACUGUAAUAAAAAAAAUGCUAACACAUUUUACACAAUGAUUCAAAGUACCAAUGCUCAUGUUCGUCGACUACAAAAUGACAAAAAUGAAUAUGAAGAAAAUUUGAAAAAAGCCCGAGAACAAUUUCGCAAACAAAUGCUAAAUAUGGCACAACAAUUCACUCAGAUUGAAAAAGUGUUCAAUGCAGCUAGUCAUAAGAAGGUUUGGGACCAUUUCACCAAAGCUCAAAGAAAAAACAUCGACCAAUGGAAAAAAACCUCAAUGGAAAUUCGAAGUGUUCAAAUUGAAGAUGAUGAAAUGGAAAUGUCUGACGAUGAACGUGAAAGCCAAACAACAAGUACUAAAAGAGCGAAAUAUGAUAACUUGAGGGAUGAAAAUGAUAGCUUACGAUGUCAAUUAGAAGCAUAUAAAAACGAAAUGAAUCUUGUCAAAUCAGAUCAAAAAUGUGAUUCAGAUUUCAGAGAAAAACAAAUUAAAGUAUUGCAAGAAACAAUUCGAAAUAUGCAAACUCAAUUAUUAGACAAUAAGAUAAAAGAAAAAGAUUUUACAACAAGAAUAUCUGAUUUAGAAGAGAAAUUAAAACAAGCGAAUGUCAAAGAAUUGUUGUUAAAAACAAAAAUUGCUAACAGCAAAAUCUCUUUAUCCUCAUCUAAGUCAUCUGAUAAUUGUGAAGAUGAUGACAAUAAAGAAAAAGAGUCUGUUACAGUAGAAUCUCAAAACAUUUUGUAUACAAAUGCUACUCAAAUAAAACAAGAAAAUUACUCCCCUCAACAUCAAAAUACAAAUGCACAAAAGUCAAUUGAUAUUGAUGAAGCUCAUAUAAUUGGAUUGGUUUCAACUUUUUUAGUUGUUCAUCCUUUCGGAGCAAGCCCAGAUUAUAUUUGUUCAUACCUACAAAAAAUGCAUCCAAAUUUACGAUCAAGAGACUUAGAAGAAAUUUUAAGCAAGUACAAUAACCUUUUUCAUGAAGAAAUAACCGGGAUAGGCAUGAAGAUAGAAAGAAAAUGGAAAUUUUGUGGCUUUGAAAACCAAUAAUCUUUCAAUGUUUCGAAAUUGAUUGAAAUGAUUUGUAAAUUAUAGAAACUAAAUUUAAACUUAAUAUGAUAUUUGAUAAUAGAAGUAGUCAAAAUUUUUUAAUAGAAAAACUAUUAAAAUUUACAAUAAUGUCAAAAUCUAAUGGGCCAGUGGAUAUCUGUUUCUUAGAAAUUUUACAAAAUUUGUCAUAAAAAUUUUUUUCUUGUAUUAAUUUAUAAUACAAUACAUAAAAUAUUUAUUUAA